UGCCACACAUCUGUUGACCAACGCCAGUUAACCUAAACGCCAGUUGAUCUGGAACACCGGUGCUUAAAAAAUGGAGAACACAAAAUUGGUCCAAAAACCUUUCAUGUUUAGCUGUUUUUUUUGUAAAAAGAUAACAAUGUAAGCCUUUUCUUCAGCUAUAGGGCAUAUAUGGUAUCACUCUUGGCUGGAAGCAGUGCUUAAACAAUGGAAUAAACACAAAAUUGGUCCAAAAACCUCUCAUGUUUAACUGUUUUCCACUUUUUCUUUGGCCAUUUUAGCCUUUUUGGCCAGGGUGAAGGGAGUAUCUGCCAUCAAACAAGAAGACAGCCGCAUGUAACUACGACGGUGUUUGCUAGUUCACCUUACAUGCAUUAAUGUAAUAACGUGGUUAGCCUACUCAACGUAAAUUACACACGAACAACAUUAAGCUACUCACGCAGAGAAGAACGGCUGCUGCUGCCAUCAUCAUCCGUCAUCAUUUCUGCUACACUGGCAGGGCUAGGGGCCAGGACUCUCCUCUUCGGGUUUUUGGGGGAUGUUGUUAACUCCGGGUCCGAUAACAGGCACCACACCCGCAGUAGAUGUGCACGGUGUGAGGUCUCGCAGCAAGCUAUCAAACACGGUGCAUUUCUCGGCUUUAAAAAAAACGCUAUGCGUCGCCAGGUGUUUCAUCAGAUUCGAGGUGUUACCUCCUUUGACAGUAUCACAGUAUCAGCUUAAAGCACUUGUUGCAGGGUGCUGGGUUUGCAUCUUUUGCUGUGAAGUACAGCCAGACUUUUGACCGCUUCGCCUUGGGCAUUUUUAAUGUGUAGCUCUGCUCUAAAAGAACGUACGUACCUGGGCCCGCCUACUAUCCUCGGAAACGUAAAAUGAUUGGCUAGAAUUGGCUCAGGAAAAAAAAAAGAAAGCACCGAAAUAAAGCACCGAAAUGUGCGCUGCUUUUCGGUCUGGUUACUACCGUUUAUGUCAGAACCGGUACCCAUCCCUACACGGGACUGUCAAAGUGAAACAGGAAAUAACAAUCAUAGAGACAAGGUUGAUUAGACGUAACACAAGGAACACAGGUGAGGCACACUGACAAAACCUAAAAACUAGAAAUCACAAAAUACUAAAGAAUAACUAAAGGAGCUAGAAAUACAAAGACUAAACCAUGAAAAACCACAAAAUCACAGAAUAUUGAUAAUCAGAACACUGUGUCAUUAGACCCAGGACCAUGAGAGCAGCCAACCAAAGGAGAUAUACUAAUAUCUCUCUUCAGUGCAUAUAAAUGAAUAGCUGGAGAAAAGAGUGUGAAAGAAAAAGCAAUUUUUCCGCUUCAGUGCUACAGACAAUAAUGUUAUUCACAUUUACACAGAAAGAAAGCAAUCUAAGGGCAGUUAACCUAAACUAAACUCAAAUGUGUUAACAAGACAGGAUAAAUGCAGAAACUACUGGAAGUACUCACACCCAAGUUUAAAUGGUACAAAAGUGUGGCAGUGUCACUGUUUGCAUGGAAUGCAUCCAUUCAUCCAUUUUCUUCUGCUUAUCCAGUUCAGAGUGGGGAGUGUAUCCCAGCUGCUAUGGAGUAUGAAGGAGCUUACACCCUGGACAGGUUGCCAGUAUAUAACAGGGCUAACAAAGACAGAAACAACCAUUCGCAGUCACAUUUAAACCUAUGGGAAUAGCCAGUUAACCUAACCUCACUAACUAGAUGCCCUUGGACUGUGAGAGAAAGCCACAGUACCCAGAGAGAACCAACGCAAACAUGGGGAAAACAUGCAAACUCCACACAGAAAGGCCCCAGCCAGAUGGUGGAUUUAAGACUUAUUUGCUAACCGCCAAGCCACCAUUUUGACCUGCAAUGCAACCAGUUUGGCAAAUAAUGGCCAGUAACUCUAGCUUGAGGUGCGAAAGGUCUGGAUGACCCUCCAUUUUAUGUUAAACGAAUAUGUAUAAUGUUCAUAUAAGAAAAAUUUAAUGAUAACAGAAAGCACAAUAUUAAUCAGUUGUAUGGUAUAUGGUUGUAUGGUAAUUUUUUUGUUUUGUUCUUUUUUUAAAAAUAACUUUUUACUUAUAUCGUGAAUUAGGCCAUUUCAAAAGAUUUUUCAGGAAGUACACAUGUACAUUUCUAUUUGUGGAAACCUGACAACCUUUUGAAACACCUAAAUUAUAAGCUAUUGCCCAAGCCAAAAUAUUUGCAUUACACAGUAAAAAAAAUGUUAAAUAUUCCAAGACUGUCAUGCACUGACUUGCACAUAAGAAGGUAUGUCGCUGAGAAAGGCAAGUAUGAGGUCAAUAAGAAUGGUGACUUUGAAUCAAAAUAAUAAAGUUUUAGCCUAUAAAAUCAGUGGGAUAACCCAAAAGCUGCUAAAAUCUUGGACAGAGCACAGGAGAACUAAAGAUAUUAAAAUAUAUGUCAAAAUAUAGAUUUGCACUACUAAUACCUCUGAAACUGUGCACAGGUUUGACUUAGGUCCUAUGGUUAUUCUAUGUGUAUAUAAGGUAAGGCUUAUAACAAUCAGGUCAGAUUCAACUUUUCUGACAACAAUAAAGUGAAAUCUUACCUGAUGUUUUUCAUAAAUGUAUAAUGUGAGUCACAUUUAUUUGUACAAAGCACUUUAUAAAAACUACUUUAUUAUUACUUUAUAAUAAUAAUAAGUAAGCAACCCCCAUAUCCACAUACCACCACCUUCAGUGGACUAGCUGAACCUGUUCUUCCAUACACUGUACUGACUUCUAUGAAAAACAGACAGAAAGGGCAGAGGUAAAGCACUUACAGUAAAAACCCGGCUCUUAACUGUGUGCAGUGAGAGCAGUUUCUAUCUGAUUACAUGACUGUGAGGUCAGCAGGAAGUGGGCGAGACGACAACAACAACAGCAGACUAGAUGAACUCAAAACUGAAAGUGCUUCUGCAUUUGAACUCAAGCAGAGGGUGGACACAAAAACAAGCAGUGCAACUAAUUACAUGACAUGUAACUAUGGCCCGUGUUCCAGAGCUGCUUCUUGGGAUUUUGGAAGAAAUGGUCGACAAGCAACUCAGGACUUUCCACUGGUACCUUUCAAGUAAUGUGCUUGAAGGAUUCACGCACAUUCCAAAGUCUCGGGUUGAUGGGAUGGACAGAACAGGCACUGUGGAUCUGUUGGUGCAAACAUUUGGCUACGAUGGUGCUGUUGCUGUUACUGAGGAUAUACUGAUGAGGAUGAAACUCAAGCUGUGGGCUGAUACUCUAAAGGAGGAUUAUAGUAAAGUUCCUAGCAAUCAUGUGGACAAAGAAGUUGGCCAUCACACAAUCCAAGAAAAACUUAAAUCAACUCUGAAGGAAAAGUAUCAAAACAUUUAUGAGGGGAAUGCAGAUGAGGGGGAAACAGUCUACCUAAAGAAAAUCUACACGGAGCUGCACAUGAUUGAAGGAGCCUGGGGAAGCUUCAGUGAUGAGCAUGAGGUCAGACAGCAGAGGUCAACGCUUGUGUCAGGAGAUGAAAAAUCCAUCAAAGCUAUCAAUAUUUUCAAACCCAAACCCAAUCAAAAUAAGCGAAUCAGAACAGUUCUUACCUUGGGUAUUCCUGGAAUGGGAAAAACAGUCUGUGCUCAGAAGUUUACACUAAGCUGGGCAGAAGGAGAAGAAAAUCAGGACAUCACCUUGCUCUUCCCACUUCCUUUCCGUGAAAUAAAUACCACUAUAGGUGAGAAAGACUACAGCCUAAUGCAACUUAUCCAUCAGUUCUUUCCAGAGACGAAACCUCUUGAGAAGCUGGGAGCAAACUGCAAAAUUCUCUUCAUCUUUGAUGGCCUUGAUGAGACUCUUCUCCCCUUGAAUUUUAAACACAACAAGGUCUUGAGGGAUGAGACGGAGCUGGCCCCACUCGAUGUGCUCAUCACAAACCUCAUCACUGGAGAUUUGCUUGGCAAUGCACUCAUCUGGAUUACCUCCAGACCUGCGGCAGCCCACCGUAUCCCUCGAAAGCACAUCCACCAGUGGACAGAGGUGAAGGGCUUUGGUAAUGGCCAGAGGGAAGAAUACUUUAAGAGAAGUUUACAUGAUGAUAGCCUUGCCCUCAGGGUCAUCAACCAUGUAAAAUCAUCAAGAAGCCUAUACAUCAUGUGUCAAAUACCAGUUUUCUGCUGGAUCACUGUUACUGUGAUGAAGAAAAUGGUCCGCAAAAAUAUGACGGGAGUUAUACCCAACACUCUCACUGAGAUGUAUGCAUAUCUCCUUAUCUGCCAGACGGACCGAAUGGUUGAAGGACACUAUCCAUUGAAAAGUAACAAUGUCCUAUUGAAGUUAGCAGAACUUGCAUUCCGUCAGCUGGAGAAAGGAAGAUCAAUCUUCUAUGAGGCUGACUUGAAAGAAUGUGGCAUACAUGUCAAGGAGGCAACCAUCUACUCAGGGGUUUGCACAGAGAUCUUCGUAAUGGAGGGAGGAAACAGACGAGAAGUUUUUAGCUUUGUACACUUAACCAUCCAGGAAUUUUUAGCAGCUGUGUAUGCCCAUUACUUGUACAUGAAAAGAAAGGAAAAUGUUUUCCUUGGAUACCUGAAACGGAUUUACACAAGAUGGCAAUUCAAGUCUGUAUUCAAUUUUCAUAAAACAGCCAUCGAAAAAGCCUUAGAGAGUACAAAUGGCCAUUGGGACCUCUUUCUUCGCUUCCUUCUGGGACUCUCACUGAAAUCAAACCAGGAGCUUCUCUGUAAAAUAAUGGAUUUGGAUGUAGAAGGAGAGGAAGAUGUAUCAAGAAUAAUCCAGUUCAUCAAGGAAAAGAUCAGUGAAGAAGCAGAAGCCAACCUCAACUUGUUCCACUGUCUGAGUGAACUCAAAGACGAAGCUUUAGUGCAGGAGGUUCAAAGUUUUGUGAGCUCUGGGAGGCUUGAUGCCAAAAAGAUGUCUCCAGCUCAGUGGUCAGCUCUUACGUUUGAGCUGAUGACAUCAGAGACAACUGAGGAAGAGUUUGACUUAAAGAAGUACAUAAAAUCAGAGGAGGGAAUGGUGAAGCUGCUGACAGUAAUUACUUCCUCCAAACAUGCUCUGCUAAAUCAUUGCAACCUCACGGAAAACUGCUGUGAAGCUUUGGCUUCUGCACUUAGCUCAACCUCCUCUCAUUUAACAGCUCUAGACCUAAGUGAGAACAAGCUGAAGGAUUCGGGGGUGAAGUUGCUUUCCACCGGAUUAAGGAGUCCACAUUGCAAACUGAAGAGUUUGAGAUUAAACAAUUGUCAGCUUCAAGGAGACUGCUGUAAAGCACUGGCUGUUGCUGUCAGUACAGAGUUUACCCAACUCAAAGACCUUGACCUGAGUGCUAAUGAUUUCCAGGAAGUGCAUCUGAAGGCUCUGUGUGUGGGCAUGUGUAGCCAGUUUUGCAAACUGGAAACUCUGAGGUUGAAUCAGUGCAAGCUAAGAGAGGGUUGCUGUGGAUAUUUGGCUUCACUCUUAAAAUCAGGCUCCUCUCGGCUUAAAACUCUCGAUCUGAGUAACAACAGUUUGAAGGAUUCAGGUGUAUCUCUGCUAGCUGCUGGACUGAGAAAUCCACAGUGUAGACUGGAAACUCUCAGACUCAGUUGGUGUAACCUGUCACAGAAAUGCUGUGAACCCAUUGGCUCGGCUAUCAGCUCUGACUCGACCCACCUCAGAGAACUGGACUUGAGUGGAAAUAACCUACAUGGUCCAGAUUUCCAGCUGCUUUGUUCUGGUCUCGGAAGUCAGCACUGUAAACUCAAGACUUUAAGAUUGAAUGAAUGUAAUCUCCAGAAAUGCUGUGCAGAUGUUGCCUCAGUCAUCAGUUCUGACAUCUCACAGCUGAAGGAGCUUGAUCUGAGUGGGAAUGACCUGCAGGACUCGGAGAUAAAGUUGCUCUCUAAUGGACUUGCAAAUACAAGCUGUACACUGAAGACAUUAAGGCUGACAUUUUGUGGAGUCACAGAAGUGGGCUGUACGCAUUUGGCUUCAGCACUGAGCUUCAGCUCCUACCAACUGAGGGAAUUGGAUCUGAGUUACAACUACCUUCAGGACUCCGCCAUUAAGCUGAUCUCUGUUCAUGGUGAUAAACUUGAAAAACUUAGUGUGGACCCUAACGCAGAGUGUUUCUUGAAAGCAACAUUAAAAAACUAUGCAUGCACAUUGAAGUUCGACAAAAAUACAGCAUCCAAGUCUCUCUUUCUUCAUGAUGGUGGAAAGCAGGUGACAUGGGUCAGAGAGAGACAGCAACACCCAGAUCACCCUGAGAGGUUUGAGACUGUCUCCCAAGUCCUUUGUCAACAAGGCCUCACUCAACGCCAUUAUUGGGAGGUAGAGUGGCGAGGACGCUGGGUGGAUGUAGCUGUGGCGAAGAGGGGAAUCAGUCGGAGGGCGGGAUAUCACCUGUCUGGUUUUGGCUACACUGACCAGUCCUGGAGUCUGUACUGCUCUGAUGAUCACUACACUGCUCAGCAUGACGGCCAUAAUGUUGAAAUACCAGCGCAUCCAUCUCAUUCCCAUAGGAUUGGAAUCUUUUUGGACUGGCCAGCUGGCACCCUGUCCUUCUAUAGUGUGUUCUCUGGGACCCUCAGACACAUUCACACAUUCUACAGCAACUUCACUGAGCCCCUCUACCCUGGGUUUGGAAUGGAGGAGGAUGACUGCUCUGUAAUUAUUUGUAAAUGAUGGUAAAACAGGAGCUUAUGGACAGCGAGUGAUAGAUGCUGAGCGUGGAUCAAUUUAGACAAAUAAACCUAACCCAACAUUUUUUAUGGAGGGAAUUUUGUUUGUGCUAAUAGUGAUGUGCUAUUUGGCCUUCAAUACAUUUUUGUUUUUUGACAAAACUGCAGAAACUGUGUUUUGUCAAGCAAAACUAUUUACAGAUAUCCUUAAUAUGGCAGUAGAACACUUUUUCAAAAAUUAGAAUAACUGUUAUUGAUUCUACAAUUUUUGUGACCUGAAGUGUAAUUUCCCAUUUGAUCUUAAUUAGUAUCUUAAUGUCACAAUAUAUUCAAUGUAUUGAUGACACCUACAUAUUUCCAAUAUGUCUGACAUAUAAACAUACCAUUCUUGGAUAUAUCAGUCUGAAUAACAAACUAAUUUUGGCUACAUAUCAUUGGAGAUGUUCAGUUCAGUUCAAUUCAGUUUUAUUUAUACAGCUCCAAAUCAGAACAGUGCUUUAUACUGUAAAGACCCUAAAAUAAGCAAUGAGCAAGCACUUGGUGAUAGUGGGAAGGAAAAACUCCCUUUUAACAAGAACAAACCUGUUUCUGCUGUGACUGGUUGGAGGUGAUAAUAUAAUAUUUAGACAUAUACAAUGAGACAUCAAUUCAAUUUCUGUUAUCAGUAAACUUGAACAGUCAGUGGUAAAAGUUGAAUAGUUAGAUCAUUGGGUUUUUUCUGUUAUAUAACUACUUCCACUAGUAAUACAUGAUUUACUGAUAACAAGAAUUAACAUUUUGAUAAGUGAGAACUGAACUGCAGAGAUCUUUAAUUAGAACUGCUGCUUGUCAUAACCACAUUGUGGUUAUGACAAGUAGCAUAACCACAAUUCAUCCUAAUCAGAAAAAAUUAUUGUUUACAUGAGAUGAAUUGCAGAAUGGCAGAUAGAGACAAAAUACUGUUACUGUUAAUCUGACUAUCUUCAGGCUUUACACGCUUACAUACACACACGCAGUUACUGUCCCUCUAUUUAGAAAGGCAGAGGCGUCCGUCAUGGUGUAAUUAUUUUAUGUGUAGUUGCUUUUUUUCCUGUGUAAUAAUAUUCAACAUUGCUAUCAAUACAUUUUUCAAAAAAUGCCUCCCUGUGCAAAAUGGGUUUAAAAACAUAAACAGCUGUGGGAUACUGUUUGUCCGUGAUUUGAACCGAGGGGAACAAAUUAUGGCAGGAUCAGCCUGAUAUUAUUUGUAUCCCACUGUAACUUUACUGUAUAAAGAGCUAACAUCUCCAAAAUGUCAGGAGUAGUUAGUCAUUACAAGAAGUGUUUGUGAACUAAAAAUCAAGAAUGUGGGAUCCUGUUUGUCCGUGAUUUGAAGAGCCCAACGCGUGCUCCCGACGAAGGGAAAACCAGGGGAGAAAAAUGUAGGGGAGACCUACCUCGGCACUUGUGCAGGUGAAACCAAAGGGCAGAUAUGCUUCACCAUAUUUUCUAGUCUUUGGCUUAGAAUGAAGUUGGUUUGGAAACAUAUUCAGCUAUGCUUCAUCUCCUGCUUUGCGUUUGUGUGGGCGCCUAUGCUAGCAGUGUCCAAACGUUUUUGUUUUUUUUCCCCCUUUUCAUACCGUGCCCCCCCUACAAUGCAUGUAGUGAAGGACUUAUACUAAACACAUUUCCUGCAAAGAAAUUUUAAUUAGCAGGAAUGUAGGACAAUGUAAAAGUGAAGGCAAUGCACUGUUGAUGUAAUUUCUUUAAGUUUUGGUGUAAAUCUUUUAUUUUUCUGAUAAUAGAUGCACUGAAUUAAAGCAAAGGAGGAAGACCAGUUUUACUUGGAUGUAAAGAUUUGUACAGAUGAGAAAAUGCGAAAGCAGUGUUUGGUGUAGAUGGCAGUGCAUUAAAAACAUUUUUGUCACUAAAACCGAUGAAUAAUUGUGGCAAAUAAUUCCAAACUCACUGCUGAUGAAAACAAUAGUGAUAAUCAUGUUGGUGACAGUUGGUCAUAAUUGUGCGGAAUUCUCAACUGUUUUAGCAUUGUCAGCAUGUGGAGGGGGCACCUUGUCCUUCUCUUUGGCUGCUGGUACCAGAGACUUAAUGAUAAUGAGAAAAUAUAAUAAC